AUGCCAGAGUUGUCUGUUAAAAGUACAGCUGUUUCUACGAAAGGAUUUAAGAAAGCUGUAACGAAGGCGCAGAAGAAAAAAGAAAAAAAGCGCAAGAGAUGCAGAAAAGAAAGUUAUUCCAUGUAUAUCUACAAAGUGUUGAAGCAAGUGCACCCAGAUACCGGUAUCUCAUCGAAAGCCAUGAGUAUCAUGAAUUCCUUCGUGGCUGAUAUCUUCGAGCGUGUUGCAAGUGAGGCGUCUAGCUUGGCCCACUACAAUAAGCGAUCGACUAUCACGUCCAGGGAGAUUCAAACGGCUGUGCGCCUGUUGCUGCCAGGAGAGUUGGCUAAGCACGCUGUGUCUGAGGGCACUAAGGCUGUUACGAAGUACACCAGCUCAAAGUAA